AUGUCUAAGCUAGUGUAUGAUGUAAUUGUUUCUGGCGGUGGGAUGGUCGGGGCCACCAUGUUAACCUCCCUUUUGUAUUUACGGCGGAAGAUGGAGGGCAAGGACGGUUCCCCUUCUUUGCUAAAUAGGCUCAUGUUGGUGGACGCCGGGAAGCAGAUCGAGUUCGACUCGGCGAACAUGAUGCACAGGCUGCGCACCGUCAGCCUCACCCCGGUAUCCAGCAAAAUUGUGGAAAAUUUGGAUGUCUGGUCAAGGCUAAAGACCAAACACUCCUAUUACCGUAUUUCAGUCCGCCAUGAGCAGGUGAGCGAUCCUCUUUUGGGCCAAAAUGAACGUUCGCGGUUGUUUUUUAUGGGCAGUAUUUUUGGCCGCAAGGCGACGACCCAACCGCUUUUGGACUUUACUGAUCUGCGCAAACCGGUGGGUUUUAUAUGCUACAAUGCGGAACUGCAAAGUGCCAUGUUGGCACGCGCGCACGAUUUGAUGAAGGACAAUGCGGAACUCCGCACGAAUCAGGACGCCACCGUCUUUGAAUCGACUCUUACAAACAUUCAAUUACCCCCGAAGGGGGUGGAGGCGGGCCCGCUUGGAAGGGCCGUGAUCACCGGCAAGAACCCCGACAACCUCCCCGAUGAAGUGAAGUUCAAGCUGCUGUUGGGAUGCGAAGGCAAAGUCAGCGCCCUUCGGGGAGCCCUUCACACGCGCGCUUUUCAGCAGGACUACGGCGAAAUGGCGUUUGUCUGCGAAGCGCGUAUUGCGAGUGUCGUCGAUGGGAACGUUUGCAGUUUUCAGAACUUUUUUCGAGAUGGAAAGAUAGUGGCAUUUCUGCCAACCGCGAAGGAUUCGGCGAAUAUUAUCUUCUCCACCACCCCGGCGCAUGCAAAGCAGCUGCGGGAAGCCUCCCAAGAGGAGUUGGUGCGGGAAUUAAACCGCCGCCUGCAUGACUUCGCCCCAGACGACAUUCCGGAGAUUUUGGAAAUCCCGGAGGGGAUUUUCAACGGGGAAAAACGUCGUGUCCAGGGGUCGUUUCCGCUCACGUUGAGCUUCACCCGGACGCCCUACGCGCCGAGGGCGUUGUUGUUGGGGGAUGCCGCCCACAGCAUUCAUCCCUUUGCGGGGCAGGGGGUUAAUUUGGGCCUCUACGACGUCUGUGCGUUAACGGAAACGUUGGAAAGGGUUCUCCGGAUCGGGCAGGAUAUCGGCAGCGUCAUCACAGUCGGGCAGGUUUUUGCAGGGGAGAUGAUCGCCCACACGGGGCCCAUGAUUGCCGCCAUGGAGGUUAUUAAAGCCAGCACCACCGUCGUCCCUGGACUUUCAUGUUUGGGGAUGAAGGCCCUGGAAAGUCUGCCUCUGCUCUCGACGUUGGGCAAGGAUGCGAUUUUACAGUUUGCGUCUGGCACCUCCUUCGCGAUGCGACAUCGGGACUGUUUUCUUUUAAAAUAA